AUGCGUAACCAGGGACUUCUCAUAGAUAAGAGAUCAUCCAAUCUAAAAUAUGGCCCCGUAUUCCAAGGUCAGUGCAUACUACGUCUAUCGAUUUACCUUGGUUCAGAGGUAGAGGCCAGUCAAAAACACUAUCAAUUAGGGCAAUGUCAAGUUCUCGUCGAUGUCUAUAGAAGUGUUCUGAAAUGGUUGCUCAGUCUUGCUGAGCCACCAAAACGUGCGGUUACUGGAUUUGAUGCAUCCGAAAUCAAUAAAGAUGUGCUGGAAGCCUGCAAGCCCAUGAUUCUUUCCGAUGAACAGCUUCGAGGUGUGAUGGCAGCAUUGCAUGAUGGAAUGGAGAAGGGUCUCAGAAAGGGGACACCACCAGGUGUUGGCCUCAAAAUGCUUCCAUCUUACAUUCGUGGUAUACCUGACGGUACCGAAUACGGAGAUUAUUUGGCGCUUGAUCUUGGAGGCACAAACUUCCGUGUGCUUCUUAUUCGGCUAAAAGGACAUGAGGCUGAAAUGGUUGGAAAAGUCUACGCAAUUCCAACUUCUAUCCAACAAGGAAAAGGUGAAGAACUCUUUGACCAUAUCGCUUCAUGUAUGGCUAUGUUCAGUGAAGAACAAUUCGGAAAAGGCAGCAAGAAGAGAUUACCCCUGGGAUUUACCUUUUCGUUUGCAACAAACAUCAUUGGCCUCACCAAAGGAAUACUAAUACAUUGGUCAAAAGGAUUUUGCGCAAGUGGGGUAGAAGGGAAAGAUGUGGUUCAGCUCCUCAGAAAAGCAUGCAAAAAGCGAUCAGAUGUUGACAUCGAUGUCGUUGCAAUUCUCAACGAUACUGUAGGUACAUUGAUGGCAUGUGCUUUUAAGGAAAGAAGCUGUCAGAUGGGUGUGAUCCUUGGAACGGGAACUAAUGCCUGUUACAUGGAAAAACUUCAAAACGUCCAUAAAUUGAAAGGCGAAUGGGAAAAUGAUGGGCAACCGGACGAAAUGAUUAUCAACAUGGAAUGGGGAGCUUUUGGUGACGACGGCUGUCUUUCGUUUAUCUACACAGAUUACGAUAGAGAGAUUGACAAAAAAAGUAUUAACCCAAAUAAACACCUAUUUGAAAAAAUGAUCUCCGGUAUGUACAUGGGAGAACUGGUUCGAAUCAUCUUAGAGCUUCUAGCGAGAAAAGGUGCACUGUUCAAUGGAGACUAUGCAGCGAUCUCGAAACGAGAAUGUUUCACAACAAAACAUGUCUCUGAAGUUGAAACCGAAUUAGAAUCAGGUGGAAAAGGAAAAUCGUUCCCAAAAACGCGUGAAAUCCUCUCCGAAAUCGGCGUCAGCCGUGUGACCGAUGAAGACUGCCAUCACGUUGCUUAUGUAUGUGCCGUCGUCAGCACAAGAGCAGCUCAUCUUACUGGUUCAACUAUUGCACAGGUGUUGAAUCGAAUGAAACGACCUUACAAAGUAACCGUUGGAGUUGACGGAUCUGUGUACCGUUUCCAUCCUUCCUUCAAACGAAUAUUAAACGAGAAGAUCAGUCACCUUAUUGACAAAAAUGUGGAUUAUCAACUCAUGCUGUCUGCAGACGGUAGCGGUAUUGGCGCAGCUGUAGUAGCAGCUGUUGCAACUCGCAUCAAGCGGAGCAGAUCCGAUAAAAGUGGUUAA